GGUGAAUGAAUCGUGAAGGAAUGAAUGCUGGAUAAGGAUUUGUAUCUAGAACCCAAGGCCCACACGCAAAACGGAAGCUGAAGCCCACGCAAAACACUUUCUGAUGAGUGAAGAGUUUCUCGUAUUUAUAUUUAUAUAAAUAAUAAAAAAAAAACAAAAACAAAAACAAAAAAUCUGGAUUCUGGUGUUGUGAGUCGCCGGCGUAUUCCACUCGAAGCACACACCAGCCAUAAUCGAUUACACACCGUGAUAAGAUAAGAUUGAAAAGAUGUUUAGGGACGUGUCAAGCUGCAACACGUACAACUACGGCGAGGCUGGGUAUUGGGACGCGCGCUACAUCCAAGAGGGUGGUUCCUUCGAUUGGUACCAGCGUUACUCUGCUCUCAGGCCUUUUGUUCGCAAUUUCAUCCCUCUUUCUUCCAGGAUUCUCAUGGUUGGUUGCGGCAAUGCUGUUAUGUCUGAGGAUAUGGUCAAAGAUGGUUACGAGGACAUCGUCAAUAUUGAUAUUUCUUCUGUUGCAAUUGACAUGAUGAGAACAAAAUAUGAGUACAUCCCUCAGCUAAAAUACAUGCAGAUGGAUGUCAGAGAUAUGAGCUUGUUUCCAGAUGAAUCUUUUGAUGGUGUUAUUGAUAAAGGAACUCUCGAUUCAUUGAUGUGUGGUACUGAUGCUCCAAUUAGUGCUGCUCAGAUGCUUGCCGAAGUUUGUAGACUACUAAAACCUGGAGGGACCUAUAUUUUGAUUACAUAUGGCGAUCCAACAGUAAGGAUGCCUCAUAUAAGCAGACCGGUGUUCAAUUGGAAAAUUACGCUGUAUAAUAUCCCAAGACCAGGAUUUCAAAAGCCCGAGAGUAGUACACCAUCAAGAAAAUCAUACUUGGAGCCCAUCCCUCUUACUGAAAAGGGCUUACUUCCAGCAGAUUUCGUUCUGGAAGAUCCAGAUUCUCACUAUAUAUAUGUUUGUAAAAAGAUAAAUGACACAGAGAUAGAAAAUAUACCUGCAUACCAAUUAACAGCUGAUGUUUUAUAGAUCCGACUUACAUUGAAGCACUGAUGAAGGUAGUAUUUAUCCUCUUCACAAACUUUGAUGUGCAUCAUAGUCAUUUAAGUGGUUGUUCUUGUCAUCUGUACCACUGGGACAAGUUACCACCAUCAAUGUGUUGUUUGUAAUAGCAUUUUAUUCCCAUAAAUUAGAGUAAUGAAGCUAGCAUGUAGAGAUGAUUGGUAUUAUUAAAAUCUUGAAGAAAUCAGACAAAUUGACUGAUUAAUGUAUUGUUUUGCCCGUGAUUUUGUCUGGAUGAAUGGAUUGUGGUUGUAACAUGUAAAUGGCGUUUUCUUUGCCUCAAGCUUGAAUUCUAUUAUAAUACGUUUCUGUCCUA